UUACAGAACAGGAAUGACCGGAAACAGAUAAGACAACAGCAACAACACACUAGUCAAGGACUAACUACACGAAAUCCUAUAGAUAAUCUAACAACAACAAAAGUGUAUGUUACUUUACUCGACUUUUUAACGAAAAUAAAGACUGGUAGGGCAUACUCCUAGGUUCUACAUACCAAAGGACCCAGUAAGGAGUCAGUAUGUUCAGUUUUUUCGGAAAUCGUAAUAAAGACUCUUCCAAGAAGUCAUCGUCAGAGGGUGGUACAGAUGGGUUCGUGAUAAUAGGGAGUCCUAAAGUCAUUGCAGGUGAAACUGUGGAAGAACAGAGGAAGAUGACCCAGAACGCGAACAUCAGCAAACCAUCAUGUAACGUUAUUGUGCAACCAUCAAAGUCCUCCAGUACCACACCUACCCAGGCCCACCACUCUCCAGCCCCUGCUCCACCUUCAGUGAUCGCCCCAUCACCAGGACCUAUGUGGAAGCCCCCCGCGCCCAUAGUGGAGGCAGCACUGUCUCUCCCAGAGCUACUAGGAGAUGUCCCAUUCACCCUGGCCCCCCAUGUUUUGGCCAUGCAGACAGGGGGUCCUGGGUUCCCCCUCUUCUCUGAGAUGCUGAUGUUGUCCCAAGACAUCAACCACAACCUGGCCUCCUUCACCUACGACUUCACCCUGGAGAACUCUGUGCUCUGUGACCAUUGACCUGUAGAUAGUUUACUUGCUGACUAUGACCGCUGACCUUUUGAUCUGUCAACCUCCCCUCCAAUACCAGCCCUACGUCAACCCUGGGUCGUGUUCAUUGGGCAGCAAACAGAUGAAAACGUACUGAAACAAGACGGGACUACCUGGGCUUGUCCAAUAAGAAAGGCACAUGUUUGUUUUCCUUUCCAAAGUGUUUAGCUACGUUUGCCCUACUGAACACUACCCUGGACUGUCUUGGCUCGUUACCAUUCAGGUUUAGUUUCAGUUCUAUAGGUUCUGUCUGAGAAUGGUAGUACUAUAAUUAAUGGUGAACCUGGUUAUUGUGAUGAUCAGAGUUAGAAAACAGGUGUGAGUCAGUUGGGGUCAAAACUGCACCUGCCGGCAGUGAUUUAGGUUACACACAGUAUGUAGGUAGAUGGGUUCGCAGAGUUCCACCAUUAAGAUUGUAGACUACUAGUUCAAGGCGAAUCACUUUCUGAUGCGCCUGUCAUAGUAGUGCUGGUUCACUGUUUUAAGAACGGUGUGUAUCAGAAGAGUGCUAGCUUCAUGUCUGACUGGCAUGCUUCAUCAUAGCUUUGUGUUUCAUUUGAACAGUGUCUGGGUCUGUAGAUUCACCUGUUGUUGCUGUUAGUUUAGAAGUCACUGAUUGACCUUUGGGUUUGCACUAAUGUACGCAUGAGACAGAUUUCAGAUAGUUUUCAAAUCUUAUAAAGGAAAUUACACGUAUUCUUUAUUUGGUUACGAUGUUUUCUCUCUGCUGUCCUCACUUUUGCCCAUGAAGUUAAGAAUGCUUUUACAAAACACUUGGAAAAAGCGUUUGUGUAGCAUAAGCAUUUCUAUAGAGGAACUAUGUAGCUUUCUGAUCUAUUUUAACAUGUAAGAAUAUAUAUCCCCUAUUUUUCAACAUGUAUUAUCAGGAAUCACUCGAUAUGGUGACUCUUAUGUGGCCUUUCUCUCUUGAUCAUCAUCAGCAUGGCUGACGGCUGGCUCUCAUGUGUUGUAACUUUCCCAAACGUUGUAUUUAUUGUUAUUUAUUCUGAUCCAACCAAGUUUCCCCCAGUCUUCAUGGCACAGUUCAGAUUUGACAGUGUUUCAAGGUAUCCUGUCACAUAUACUGCAUUCAUUGCACACUGGCAAACAAAUUAUCUUGUGAACACACACAUAGUUCAGUUACCUCUGACUGCUGUACAAAUGUGAGGGGGCAAGAAAAUACCAAUUGUAUAUAGUUAAAAUACUUUUUAGGACUAUUAUUUGAAGUUAACUCCUAAGACAACCACUCAAGAACCUGAAAAGAUGUCUCAUAAGUUGCUGUUAUUUUCAGUGUCAUGUUGUGGUUUUCCACAUCAUGUGAAAUCAUCCAUAGAGGCUGCAUUUACACACACAGCCAAAUUAUUCUUUUUUUGAUCAGUUCUUUUGCCAAUAAUUGUGCAAGAAAAUCUGAAUUGGGCUGCAUGUGUGAAUUGCAGCCUUACUACUGCAUACAUUAUGAAAUAUUUGGGAUUUACCCUGUCUGGACAAUCCUUUGCUGUGCAUACCUGGAAACCAAGGGUAUUUAUAUCUGUCUGUGUUAAAUGAUACUGUGGAUUUCCCCAGGCCUCUUCCUCUCUUUGUAAUUCAAUCACUGACCUAACAUAGCAUUUAAAAAAAAAAAAUAUUCACCGGCGUGGAAGGCUACAGUUGUUUGCUUUGUAUUUUGGGGUGGGUUUGAGUAACUUAGUUUAUUUGGUUUACUUGGAUGUGUUUUGGGGGUUUAGUUAUGGUGUGGUUAAUUUGUUGUUGUUGUGCAUGUUUGCUAUUAACAAUAGAUUGUU